AACUGGACAGCUUUCAAAUACAUAUGGAUUUGAAACUAAGGUAGUUUUGUUAGCUCUUUAAAUAGAACACGAAAGAGAAGCAGUAUUUUUAGCAACGUGAAUUUCUUUAGUCCGUUGUCGUGCUAAAACUAUCUUUAAUGCGUAAAGUCAGUAUCGAAAAGCAGUACAGCGCUUUUACAUUACCAGUAUAGUGGUUCUUGAUUAUUUUUACGCUUGGCCGCGUUUUAACAGCCAUUGUGUUAAAUCGGAAAUGACGUAGCAUGACGGUGGGAAUUUGUGCCAGUUCUGGUAAGGCUGGCACCAUAUGUGAUGUACUCAAGGUGUUUUAUGUUUGCUUAACUACGCCAACAUUCGAUAUAUUUGUAUAGCUUUGCCAGGUAUGUCAGUGAGCUAGGUCUGUAGUGGUUAGCCAAGAUGAAACUUUUGUUACAAAUUGGCUUACUUUGGAUACUUCAAAUUGAAACUACAAUCGCUAACAGUGGACAUCAUGCUGCAGAACCCAAUUUUAAAGUGGUAGCGAAUGACUUUCGCAACACGCAGAAGGAAAGAACAUGCAUGCUGGCGAACUUGGACCUAGAAGUGGAGCUUAAAUACAAAGUUGGCGACACAGCGCACUCUAGCAGUAUUUUGUUACCACAUACAGCUACCACUAACGGGAGCUAUUGCGACAAGGAGUUUACGUCUUUAUUGUCCCUUUCAUUCAACGGUAUGGUUAUUAGAAUGACGUUUAGCCGCACACCAGAACAGCCGGGAAAAACUCAAAGAACUUACUGUGUCAGGUGCGCCGACGGAAACUGGUGGUUAAGUAGCAUUUCUAUAAACAUCGACGAUAUUAACCGCUUGGCCCACGCUUUACCAAAAGUCCGUAUUCAAUCUGAAGCCACUUUGACCAAAACAAUCAUUGAAAAUGCUGGGCAACUUACUAUGGGCGUUCCAGUCACUAGGGCUUACGGCUGCCAGUCAAGAAUGAUAGUAACUACUAUGCGGUCGACAAAUUAUACUCUGCUCAAUCAAAAUGCAACUGUGUCGACGGAUUGGAGCGUUACAAUGAAAUUCCGUACGCUUCAAGUUCAACCGUUUUUGGUUACUGGGACCGGCUUUAAUGACCCUCUAUUAUGCACAGACGUCUCUACGUUCCACAUCGUUAUAAUCAUUGUGCCCAUUGUGUAUUUCACCAUCUUUGUUAUUUAUCAUCGCGUUAAAGAAGUUUAUGGCUGCCCACCGAAACCGAAACACAAGCAGGGCAUGGAAAAACUGAUGGAAUCGUCGACCGUCUCACCAAAUGUAAAAAGCUACACAGAUAACAGCGGCGUGACUUCGGACAGCGGUGUUAAAGUUCGCAUAACUUUUACGUCACCGGAAAACACGGAAAAUUCGCUAGUGUGAGAUUUUAUUUAUUAAGUGAUUUUUUUAUGAAAAGUCUGUUUAAGGCUUUAAUCGUUGCAAGGUUAUUGCGAUAGUAUAAUCAGUUCCAGCGCUCAAGGCACGAAACGCACUUCUAAUGUAUAUAUUAGACUACUUUGUUAAUUAUAAUGUGUUACUACACAUCAGUGCUUUUGAAUCAUAUUUUAAAGGCCAAAAUAUUUACCCGUUAAGUAGUAGCGAAGUUUUGGCGUCAAAAUCUGUCUCUAGCCCAGAGGUUAUGAAUUCAAGGCUCGGUGCUGCUACCAUUGUGGGCGUAUGUGUCCUUGGGCAAGAAAUUAAACGGCAAUUGCUUUAACACAGUGGUCACUAUUAGAUUUUUGAGAAGCACUGCUAAUAAACUAUAGCUAUAUAGUCGCUAUGAUAGAGGUUACUACAAAACAACACAUGGUUAAACACCUUAAUGUACAAUCAUAUACAUUCAAUUAUACGCGUGGCAACUAAACGUAUUAUAGUGUACCCAAAUACAUUUUUUUCUUCUAUAGAAGAAAUACCAAUUUUAUAAAACUCUUUUCGAUCGGAAAAUAUAAAUUAAAUAUAUAGUAGGACGGGGGAGAUGCGACACCUUUAACACAUAAUAUUUAAAUAUCCUGACCGUUUUUUAAACAAUUAACAACGGUCUAUGGAAGUGGUAUUGAUAUACGGUUUUAUAAUUCUUUGGAUGUUUCUUGUUUACUAUCAAAUACGACGAGAAAAAGAAUGAAAAAGUGUCCCAUCUUCCCCACCCUACUAAAGGGAUAUAUUUUGGUACAGAACUGUUUAUUUAUUCCAAUUGUGGUUGGUUGGGGUAAGAUGGUUCAUGUUUUUUUAUUUUCUUUUAUUAUCCCGUUUGGUAAUAAACAACUUAAUAUUUAAAAAUUGUACACCGGUAGCCCCGCGACUUUAUAAAUAGGCGUUUUUGUUAUUUGUUCGAAACACGAUUAGUAAAUAUGCGAUGGUAUGUGUUCCAUCUUACCCCACCGUACUAUACUUUUUGUUUAGGUUCAUUUAAUAGAAUCACCAAUCUCGCUGCCAUAAAACUAACUACGCCCGAAGAUAUAUAUCGCUUCAUAGUUUAAUUAGAAAAUUUGCAAUUCUUCAAUUUUAUAAUCAUGCACAUUUAAAAAUAUUGUGUUAUUUUUUGCAAAGUAAUUUUUUUCUAAGAGUAUUAUUGUGUUUUACUGAUCAACUUUAUAUGCUGAUUCUAUACGUUAUGUAAAUAAACAUACUUGACAAUCCUA